GUUUUUGCGAUGUUGUACAUUUGCGACCAGGCAUAUUUUUACACUUUUGUGGUGUUUGUGUUUGUCUGUAAUUUUCCGCUUUCUCAUUUACUGUUCCCAUACAAAUUAUAUAUUGUUUUUUUCAGGACAAAAGGGGCUUUCUUUACAUACCAUUAUUUAUAUAAUCUCAUGUAUUUUAAUUUAAAAAAAAUAUGAUGAAAAAUUGAAAAAAAAUACAUGUUUUUUGACUUUUACUUGAAAAAUCUUUUACUCAUCUACAAAAGCGAAUGAAAAAAACUGCUAAAUAGAUUCAAAAUUUUGUCCUGAGUUUAAAAAUACCCAGUGUUUACAUGCUUUUUUGCUUUUUUUGCAUGUUAUAGGGCUAUAGGUACAAGUAGGAUAUUGCGGUUUCAAAACAUACAUUUUUUAAAUUUAUCAAUAGUGACAUUGUAACACUAUUAUCUGUCAUAAAUCUCUGAAUAACACCCACAUGUACAUAUUUUUUUUAAAGUAGACAACCCAGGGUAUUCAAUAUGGGGUAUGUCCAGUCUUUUUUAGUAGCCACUUAGUCGAAAACACUGGCCAAAGUAAGCAUUCAUAUUUGUUUGUGUGUGAAAAAAGUAAAAAAACUAAAUUGAACGCUAAUUUUGGCCAUACUGGACAUACUGGACAUACCCCAUUUGCAAUACCUUGGGUUGUCUUCUUUUGCAAAUGGUAUGCCAUCAUGGGGGUAAUUCUCAUUCCUGGGCUACCAUACGCUCUCAAAGGCAACAUAACCAACCUGGCCAUUUUCAAUGUAAAAAUAUUUGACCCAUAUAUUUGACCUUGUAACUUUCAAAAAUGCUAUAAAACCUGUACAAAUAUUAGUGUUUAAAAACUGGAAAACGUAUCACAACAAUUAUAUCAUCAGUAAAAGUGCUGUUUGUGUGUGAAAAAUGCAAAAAAAGUAACUUUCACUGACAAUAUCAUCGUUGUGAUAUGUUUUACUGUUUUGAAUCACUAAUAUUUGUGUUCAGCGAAGUCUCCCGAGUAAAACAGUACCCCCCAUGUACAGGUUUUAGGGUGUCAUAGAACGUUACAGGGUAAAAUACAGUGCUAGCAAAUUAAAUUCCCUGGAAUUUCGGCCUGGGUUGGCAGGUAGGUCCCUCAAAUUGCAAUCAAUAAAAUUACUGAAUUAUGUAAAAAUAUUACAUAAAUACGCACGUAGAAUUUAAAUAUAUAUGCAUAUUUAUAUAUCUGAAGUCUACGUGUAUAUUUAUAUAAUUAUUUAUGUAAUUUUGUAUAUGGACAUAUGUAUAUUUCUUAUUUUUAUUUAUUUUUAUAUACAUAGAUAUAUAUAUACAAAUUCAUUCUAAGUGUAUUUUGAUAUAAAUAUAUAUAUAUUAAUUUUAAAAUACAGUUAGAAUAAAAUUUCAUAUAGCUAUAUAAUUUUUUUUAAAAAUUUUUUAUUUAAAAAAAAAUUAUUUAAUUUAAAUUACUUAUUACUUAUAUUUUAUAAUAUAUAAUAUAUAGUUAUUAUAUAUAUUAUAUAUAUACGUGUGUAAUUUAAUUAUAAGUGUAUUUUUAUAUUAAUAUAAGUACAUAAUAAUAUAAAAAUACACUUAGUAUGGCAUUAUAUAUCUAUAUAUCAUAUAUACACAUAUAUAAUUAUUUUAAUUUUUUUUUAUUAACAUUAACUUUAUUUUUUUUUCUGAUUUUUACACUAGCAGGGAGACUGCCUGUCAGCAUAGACAGUCCCCCUGCAGGCAGACACAUGGACACCCAUUGUGACCAUGUGAUCGCUGUGUUGAGCGAUCACAUGGCCCCAGGGGUCCUAAUUCAGUGUGGGGAGACUGUCUGGGCUGCAGGCAGUCUCCCCACAACCGGAGCAACACUGAUCGCCGCCGGGGGAACGACGGCGAUCAGGUAAGUACCUCUGACCGUUAGGACGGUUCAGGACCGUCAUCGGUCGGCAAGGCAAAAAUGCCAAAACGGUCCUGAACCGUCUUGGGUCGGGAAGGGGUUAAAACCCUUAAUAACUGUCAUAUUUUCAAACGCUGUCUGUCUUUAACUGUCAGUUUGUUUUCCUCUGAGGAGGAGUUGUUUUUGCUGCGUGAGUGCUGUUGCUUUGUGUGCUCAUUAAAACAGACCUGUUUUAAUGAGCCUUGGCUCAUUCUUGGGGGAUGGGAUAAGUCUGCAGUGCUGAUGGUGUCGGUUGGAGUGCUUGAAGUCCUCGGCAAGCACUAGGAGCAUCGAUUGGCGGAGGUACUUGGUCGGAGUGCCAGCGGGUCCGUCACAAUUGGUGGCAGCGACAUGAUUCAAACCUCACAGCAGACCAUUGUUCGGCAGUUACAGCCAUUUGGGAAAUUUGCUAUUUCGUAUGGAACCGAAAGGAAAGGGUAUGUGAAUAUACCUGAACGGAUAGUGAAUGGGGACAGACUAUACCAACUUUUAACGGGCCACGCUAAAAGAACUAUUGGAAGCAAGGGGAAUUAUUGCCAGCAAUAAAACCAAAGCUACCCUUAUUGCUGAACUCAUGGAGGGAGACCGGGCAGCUGCUGCAGCACCUCUUAUGGACAGCACACAGAAUGAGUUUGGAAGAGAACUCCAAAGCAGACUGGCCUUUUUCCCAGGUACGCCUCCCACAGAAACCUUGGAAAGGAUUAUGGCAGAUGUCCACGAAUACAUAAUGGAAAGCAGCGGGCAGACCGGAGGUCCAGAGAGGGGUCCCUAAUCACACCACACAUAGUACCGGGGAAGCCUAAAAUCCCGUACCAUGCUUUUAAAAACUAUGUGGAGACCGAAGACAUCGAUGGCUACUUGCAUGACUUUGAGAGGUUAUGCCAAUUACAUGAGAUCAACGCCGCCGACCAGGUACCCCUGUUGGUGGGUAAGCUAGCGGGCCGGGCAGCAGAAGCCUACCGCACCAUGCCAGACGAGGAUAGCAGAGACUACCAUGAAGUAAAGCAGGUGAUCCUGGACAGGUAUGCAAUUCCCCUGGAGGCAUACCGGCAGCGGUUCCGAGAAAGCCGAAAGACGGAGAAAGAUACCCACAUGGAGUGGGCACACCGCUUAACUAGGGCGGGCAAAGGUUGGGUGCAAGCCGUGCAAGCAACCACAGUGGAGGACAUGCUACAAUUACUGCUACUGGAGCAAUUCUUCCAGGGGUUAACCCCGGAUUUCCAAAACUGGCUGAGGGAUCGGAAACCGCGCAUCUUAACUGACGCCGCCAGGUGGGCAGACGAGUACCAAGAUGCCAGGAGGGCACAGCGGGCACAGGCACGGUCCAUCUUGGGAACUGCUAACCCACCUCCCACCAUUAACCCCACCCCAGCACUGCGUCCGGGUGGUGGGAACUACCAAACCCCUCCACGGUAUAACAAUGCCCGAUCUUUCAUCCGGUGCCACACGUGUAACCAGCAGGGCCACAUGCAGAGAGACUGUCCCAGAAACAGAAACUGCUCCACGUGGAAUACUCCAACUAAUUCCCCUGCAAACCGGGCAGCAGUACACUGCUACCAGAGUGAGCCUCGACAACCUUUCUUCGGGACCCGGUCUAAUGAAGAAUCUUUGGGCACCCUCCACGAGGUUAACCCAGUACAAGCAGCUGCAGACAACCGACAGGGACACCGCCAAGGGGUACACGUAGAGGGAAAACGCCUUCCGGGUCUGCGCGAUUCUGGGGCCACCAUAACCCUCGUUCGCAAUCACCUAGUCCCCAAGCACCAGCUCACUGGAGAAUAUGUGGCAGUCCGGGUGGCAGGGGGAGCGAUUUACAAAAUUCCCACUGCUAAAGUACAUUUGGAUUGGGGAGCGGGGUCGGGGAAUGUGGAAGUGGGCAUCAUGCAGGACUUACCAACUGAUGUCAUCCAGGGUAACAACUUGGGGGAGCUGACCUCCGCUUUUGAUUCUCAGCACCCCGCGCAGGAAGCGCUACCCGUGGUAACACGGCAGCAGGCCCGCACCACCGCAUCUUCUGAACACUCUGAGGCUCCGGUAAGUAACAGUACUGACCCACCUUUCGUCCCCUGGGCUCCCCCCUUAGAAUUUGGUACUGAAGUAGUCACCGACCCGUCCCUGCAGGUAUACCGGGAUAGGGUUACACAGAAUCAGGCAGGGUUGGAGGGGGAAAGAUACGCUUGGGAGAAAGGAUUAUUGUAUAGAUAUGCUGAGAAGGUAGUAGCAGGAUCUGUACCCAUGACCCUCACACAAUUAGUUGUGCCCCGAAAGUACAGGCAAGAAUUACUACGUAUUGCCCAUGACAUCCCUUUAUCAGGACAUCUAGGCGUCAGUAGAAGCAUCGUUUGACCCAAAACUUCUUUUGGCCAGGGGUCUCCAAAGAUAUUCGGCAGUAUUGCCAAACUUGUGACACAUGCCAGAGAGUAGGGAAGAGAUGGGACCGGUACAAGGCAAAAAUGCACUCCCUACCCAUAAUAGAUGAACCCUUCAGUAGAGUGGCAGUAGAUAUAAUCGGACCCCUAGCAAAACCCAGCCCAUCAGGGAAGAAGUAUAUACUAACCAUAGUAGACUAUGCCACCCGGUACCCAGAGGCCGUAGCCCUAACUAAUAUCCAUGCGGAGACUAUAGUAGAUGCCCUAAUCCGGAUAUUCUCCAGAAUGGGGUUCCCCAAAGAGAUUAUCUCAGAUCGGGGUACCCAAUUCACAGCCAAAGUCACUCAUCAGUUAUGGAGAACAUGUGGGGUGAAACCUAUUGUAAACUCAGCGUAUCACCCCCAGUCCAAUGGGCUCUGUGAACGGUUCAACUGAACCUUAAAGCAAAUGCUCCGUACCUUCAUGGAUACCCAGAAGGACUGGGAAAGGUUUCUUCCCCAUCUGCUCUUCGCGUACCGAGAGGUACCCCAGGAGUCCACGGGGUUCUCGCCAUUCGAAUUACUAUUCGGAAGGAGAGUGCGGGGUCCCUUAGACCUUAUUAGGGAACACUGGGAGGGAACAGUCACCAGUAACGGUACCCCUAUCGUCCCAUAUGUACUAGAGUUCAGGGAACGCUUGGAGACCCUAAUCCAGACGGUACGGUCUAUUCUCCAGGCAGCCCAGCAACGACAGCGCAAAUGGUACGAUAGGGGAGCCAGAGACCGCAGUUUUCAAAUAGGACAAAAGGUGUUAAUCUUGAAGCCAGUCCAAAAUGACAAACUGCAGGCCUCCUGGCAGGGCCCUUAUAAGGUGGUGGAACAGGUAUGUGACACCACCUAUAUAAUUGCCCCAUGUACAGGAGCAGGCGGUAGACGCAUGCUCCACGUUAACAUGCUAAAACCCUAUCACGAGCGGACCGAAGAAGUAACUGCCAUAUGUGCCUCGGCUGCCGAGGACCCGGAUAAUCUACCCCUACCAGACCUAUUAGCCCAAGGGGGGGCCAACACCGAAUUAGGGGAGGUACAGCUAGGAGACAGGCUGAGCACUAGUGAGCGAGCUCAAAUACUAGAGCUGAUCCGAGAAAAAAGGGAUACAUUCUCCAACCAGCCCGGGUAUACCCCGCUGGCUACCCACAGGGUAGAAACCCCAGGGGAAACACCCUCUUCGACAAACCUCCUACCGCAUACCCGAAUCCGUAAAAGAUCAUAUGCGGAAGGAGAUUGACGAAAUGUUACAACUAGGAGUGAUAGAACACUCUGAUAGCCCAUGGGCCUCUCCGGUAGUGCUGGUACCGAAGCGGGACGGAACCACCCGCUUCUGCGUCGACUACCGGAAACUUAAUGAUAAAACAAUUUCAGAUGCCUAUCCCAUGCCCCGAAUCGAUGAGCUCUUAGAUAAAAUGGUGAGGGGCCAGUACCUCAUCACAAUAGACUUGUGCAAAGGGUACUGGCAGAUCCCACUAGCUGAGGAUGCCAUCCCAAAGUCCUCAUUCGUCACCCCAUUUGGGCUAUACCAAUUCAAGGUGAUGCCAUUCGGGAUGAAGAAUGCGCCGGCUACGUUUCAGCGGAUGGUGGACCGGUUACUGGACGGAUCCCAGGAGUAUGCUUGCGCCUAUUUAGAUGACAUAGCAAUAUUUAGCAACUCCUGGGACGAGCACUUGACCCAUAUAGUAACCAUCCUCGACCGCAUCAGGGAGGCAGGUCUCAUGUGAAAACCCAGCAAGUGCCACGUAGGGAUGGCCGAAGUGCAGUACUUGGGCCACAGGGUGGGCAGUGGGCAGCAAAAGCCAGAACCCGCUAAGAUAGAGGCCGUAGCUAAGUGGCCAACCCCUCGCACGAAAACUCAGGUUUUAGCUUUUCUAGGGACCGCCGGGUAUUACCAUAAAUUUGUACCUAAUUAUAGUGCCCUAGCCAAGCCCCUUACUGACCUCACCAAAAAGAACUUACCCAAAGUAGUGACCUGGAGCCCAGAGUGUGAGAAGGCAUUCCAAGAACUGAAAACUGCCCUAAUUCAUGCCCCUGUACUGGCCGCUCCCGAUCCAACUAAACGCUUUCUCGUUCAUACAGAUGCUUCUAUGUUUGGAUUGGGAGCAGUGCUGAGCCAAGUUGGGGCCGAUGGCGGCGAGCAUCCAGUCGCUUACUUAAGUCGGAAACUACGACCCAGGGAAGUAAGCUAUGCCGCCAUCGAAAAGGAAUGCCUGGCGGUGGUGUGGGCCCUCAAGAAACUACAGCCCUACUUAUAUGGACAACAAUUUGCCUUGCUCACAGAUCACAACCCGUUGGUGUGGCUAAACCGGGUGUCAGGGGACAACGCUAGACUACUGAGAUGGAGCUUGACACUACAACCAUUUGAUUUCACCAUCCAGUAUCGCCCAGGGAAACAAAAUGGUAACGCCGACGGGUUGUCCAGACAGACAGAACUCGAGAAAUGAUCUGUGAGCACUCCUCCGGACAUCCCCCAAGCAGAUUCGUUGGGAUCAGACUGUGUAUGCCGGCUUGGUUCUGGGGGAGCAUUGUGGCAGAAGCAGCCACAAGAGACUUUUGCAUUGAUUAUUGCCUGUAUUUGAACUGUAUGUUAUUUGAGCAUAGACUGGUUGACAAAGGAUUUUAUUAAAUGCUCUGACAAAGGAUCUGCAGUUUUGCUAUGCACUUCGGAUGCAGAGUGUGAAGAAAAAAAAACCCUGUUUUAUGGACUUAGUUUGACUGUUUUAUUCCCCUCCCUCCUAGAACACCAGUUUAAAAACCCUUAAUAACUGUCAUAUUUUCAAACGCUGUCUGUCUUUAACUGUCAGUUUGUUUUCCUCUGAGGAGGAGUUGUUUUUGCUGCGUGAGUGCUGUUGCUUUGUGUGCUCAUUAAAACAGACCUGCUUGACCCUUUCUUGAAGCCUUGGCUCAUGCUUGGUGGAUGGGAUAAGUCUGCAGUGCUGAUGGUGUCGGUUGAAGUGCUUGAAGUCCUCGGCAAGCACUAGGAGCAUUGAUUGGCGGAGGUACUCGGUCGGAGUGCCAGCAGGUCUGUCACUGUAUGUGUAUGUAUGUGUGUGUAUAUAUGUAUGUAUAUAUGUAUAUGUGUGUGUGUGUGUGUGUGUGUGUGUGUGUGUGUGUGUGUGUGUGUAUAUAUAUAUAUGUGUGUGUGUGUAUAUAUGUGUGUGUGUGUGUGUGUGUGUGUAUAUAUAUGUGUGUGUGUAUAUAUGUGUGUGUGUGUGUAUAUAUGUGUGUGUGUAUAUAUAUGUGUGUGUGUAUAUAUGUGUGUGUGUGUGUGUAUAUAUGUGUGUGUGUGUGUGUGUAUAUAUGUGUGUGUGUGUAUAUAUGUGUGUGUGUAUAUGUGUGUGUGUGUAUAUAUGUAUAUAUAUGUGUGUGUGUGUAUAUAUGUAUAUAUAUGUGUGUGUGUAUAUAUGUAUAUAUGUGUAUAUGUGUGAUAUAUAUAUAUAUAUGUGUGUGUAUAUGUGUGAUAUAUAUAUAUAUAUGUGUGUGUAUAUGUGUGAAUAUAUAUAUAUAUAUAUAUAUAUAUAUAUAUAUAUAUAUAUAUAUAUAUAUAUAUAUAUAUAUAUAAAUAAAUGUGAUCAACAUUUCAGCUCACACGGAGCUUUCGUCAGGAUCCAUGUGUGAGCUGAAACGUUGAUCACUUUUGGCAGUUGCUGAAUAAAGCUAAGUUGUUUUUCACCUUAUAUGAAGUCCCUGGAGUGCUUUUCACAUUUUUCUACCUAUUAUUUCUGCCGACAAGCACCGGGCUAUAUAUACUUCUUUACAGGAGUUAUAUAUAUAUAUAUAUAAUGUGUGUGUAUGUAUAUAUGUGUAUAUUCAACAAAAAUACCGUCACUCCAAGGAUUUUCAAAUGGAUUUCUUCUUUUAUACCAGAAUAGUCAUCAACGUUUCAGCUCUUUCAUGGAGCUUUCAUCAUUAUACAAAUAACAUACUAUUAGACACAAGCUUAUAUAGGACACAAUAAUCAGGUAAAUACUUACGUAUCCAGGUGAUGCUCAUUCACUGCUGCCGCCGAGCGUGUCUCAGUCACAUCUACGCUUGUUUGAUUUCUUCCGGGUGACAGCCCCCGUGGUAAAGGAGAGAGUGAGUAGAUUGGCCGGGCGCACCACGUUUCCAGAGCAACCAGAGAAGCUCAACUCUCAAUGGUUACUCCAGCGUGUAUUGGCGCCGCGGAGGGACAAGUUUCACUAGUUCACUACAACUCCUUCUUUGUUGAAGCGUUGUGAUCGUCAAGUCACAACAAUUGGAACAUACUGGAACUAGACUCCUCUCUCCCGGAAGAUCUCCGCCAUGAAGCCUAUGUUCUGUUUCCGACGUAACAGGAAUUUGAGAGAUAUUUUGGUUAAAACAGAUCCAUAGCAUUGUUAUGGACCUACCAAAAAAGAGAACAAAAUUGUAGUAUGUGUAAGGUGUUUGGGAUGCGUAACAUGUCAUCUAUAAACUGACAUGCCCUUGCGGCCUCAACUACAUAGAUAAAACGGAGACGGCGCUCUGUGAGAGCAUUAGGGGCCACAGAUCAAGCAUCCGGCUUGCUUACCGAGAUGGCAAGUUGGACAAACCUGUGGCCCGACAUUUUCUAGAGUUUCAACACCAAUUAACAUCCUUUAUAUGUCUUGCAAUUGAGAAUGUCCCUGUCCCAGCUUGUGGUGGAGACAGGCAAACCCUUACUACAAAGAGAAACCUAUUGGAUAAUUCAGCUUAAUACCUUGUCACCUAAGGGUCUGAAUGAAAAUUGUUCCUUUACAGUUUUUUUUCUUUGAAUAGCCCAAUAACAUUUUCAUAUGUCUUUCAUAGUAGGAAGGGGUAAUCAAACAACUGGUCUAGUAAAGAUAUCUUAUGCAUGGCUUUGAGCACUUCAUUCCAAUAUUAUCACAUAUAUAUUGAUAGUACUUAUGUUCUUUUAAAUUAUAAUAUAUAUUUUAAAUAUAUAUAUAUAUAUAUUUUUUUUUUAUUCUAGUGUAAAUACAUUAUAAUGAGACUUUAGGAGAGAAGCAUGGAGUUACAAUUUGGAGGAUGUACAUAAAGUUAUGUUCUUGAAGUAUACCAUGCUAAAUUUAAAAUGAUGUAUUAUACAUUGUAUUAUACAAUUGGGCAGACUAGAUGGGCCGAAUGGUUUUUAUCUGCCGUCACAUUCUAUGUUUCUAUGUUUCUAUUGAUCACCACACAUUGGUACUUCAAGUCUUUUUUACACUUAUAUUUAAAACUCAUUAGCAACACGUAGUUUGUGACAUACACAUUAUCUACUAAAUGUCUUGACACAUGAAGAAAGUUGUUUUUCUCAUGAUGUAUUAUCAGUGUUUCUGCUUUGGAACUUAAAUGUAUUCUCCAUUUAUUUUCCAGUAAGUGCAAUUAUAUUUGCAUGAAUCUCUAUUAGUAUCCAGAGCUUACGCCUCCUUUAAAUAUUUGAAGUUCACACACUGUAAAUUCCACUGAUUUUUGUUUUUUAUUAAAUCAAUAUUAUGCCUCUAUUAUAAAUACACUAUCUUUCUUUCUCUGUCCUCCUAUGUCUCCAGAUGUCCCCUUCCUGCUGUUCCGUCCGACCGCGUUCCGGUUGCUAUCACAACACUUCAACAAAGAAGACGUUGUAGAGAAAUAGUGAAACUUGUCACUCCGCGGCGCCGGUACACACGGGAGUAACCAAUGAGAGUUGCGCUUCUCUGGUUGCUCUGGAAACGUGGUGCGCCCGGCCAAUCCACUCACUCUCUCCUUUACCAUGUGGGCUGUCACCCGGAAGUAAUCAAACAAGCGUGGAUGCGACCGAGGCGCGCUCGGCGGCGGCAGUGAAUGAGCAUCACCUGGAAACGUAAGUAUUUACCUGAUUAUUGUGUCCUAUAUAAGCUUGUGUUUAAUAGUAUGUUAUUUGUAUCCUGAUGAAAGCUCCAUGAAGGAGCUGAAACGUUGAUGACUAUUUUGGAAUAAAAGAAGAAAUCCAUUUGAAAAUCCUUGGAGUGACGGUAUUUUUGUUGAUUUAUUGUUGGGCUACCAGAGCACCAGGUACCACCUUCUUUUAAGAUGGAGUGCAGGAAUUUCCUACAUUUAAAAAAAAAAAAAAAAAAAAUUAUAUAUAAUUUUACAGCUUUACAGUAUAUUCUUCAUGUAAUGAGAGAUCUCUUUUCACAUGUCGAUAAAGUGUCUGCACACUGGGUCCAAACCAUGUUGGUUUUGAUCCACUAUUUGUCAUCCCAUACCUUAAGGGCUACCCUACUUAGCGGUAAAAUUAUUUUACCAUUUGAGAGCUCCAAACAAUCCGCUCAGAAUCCAGCACCUACCUUAUGCAUUAAGACCUAAAAAGCAUCCAAACCCACUGCAGAAUGUUUUGGACCGGCGCCGGAAUGAAACAGCCGCGCAAGAAGCGUGGUCACAGGCAAGAAUCACAUCCCAGUGUACUGGAGCUGAUGUCAGCUCCUCACUCACUACAGGCCUCACAAGAUGGUCGCCAGAAUAGCCCAUGCGGCUCUCCCUCCCCAGUGUCCAUGGAGGGGAUGAUGAGCAUGACUUCCACACGGGGGAGGCAAGCCAAAUACUCCAAAAGCUCAUGGAGGUAAAAACCUACCUCACAAGCGAGAUCUCCCGCAACUCUAAAGAAGUGAAGGCGGAGAUACAGGCCCUCAGGGCUCGCGCGUUCCAACUGGAGCACAGGGUGGAAUCAGUGGUACAGGCGCAGAACACGACUAUAUCACAUGCAGAACUCAUGGCCCAGCAGAUAGACCAGAGAGAGAUGCAGGUAGAUCUAUCAAACCACUCCAGGCACAACAAUCUGCGCGUUUGGGGCCUACCCGAGUCACCUAACAAGGGGCCGUUAGCCCAGAAUAUGGAGCAAUACAGAUGGCAUCAAGCACAGCUUGAACUUUGGGGAGGUGGGAUUCCCAGUCUGCACUCUGGGUGAAGACAUCAUCCAAAUAUGCUGUACCAUAGCGAUCAUGGGGUUUAAGAAUUAUGUCCCUCAUUCGUUGGAAUGUGGCAGGUGCCCCAUGUAACCCAAACGGCAAUACAGUGUACUGAAACAGGCCAAUGGGUGUUGAAAAGGCUAUCUUUUCUUUGGCUCUUUCAGUGAGAGGGGCCUUCCAGUAACCCUUUGUUAAAUCCAAGGUUGUCCGAUAACGAGCUUUACUCAGUCUUUCUAUUAACUAAUCAACUCUGGGCAUUGGGUAAGCAUCACAUUUUGACAUGACAUUUAACUUGAGGUAGUCAUUACGUAACCUCCAUCAGGUUUUGGCACCAAUACAAUAGGACUGCUCUGGUUUUUCUGGGAUUCUUCAAUGACUCCAAGUUUUAACAUGUUCUCAACCGCUAAGUUUAAAAUCUCCCUCUGAGCCUCAGGAAUUCUAUAGGGUUUGAGAUGUACUCUUUUCCCUGGUUCGGUCAUUAUGUCAUGUUUGAUCACCUCAGUCGUUCCUGGAACUACCGAGAAAACAUCCCUAUUUCUUUUGAUGAAAUCUCUGACCUCUUGCUUCUGAUGUACAGACAGUCUCCGAUACGUUCACCUCUGGCUCUACUAUAGGAGGUUCUGAAGGUUUUAAAGUGUUUAAAGUCUUUCCAUGACUUUAACAGAUUUAAAUUCCUGUUCAGGCUUUCUUCUUCCUGGUUGUCUGACUUUAUAAUUGACAUCUCACUUUUUCUAUUAUUUCAUAUGGUCCAUGCCAAGUCACAAGGAACUUGUUCUCCACAGUAGGGACCAGAACCAAGACCCUGUCUCCCGGUUGGAACACUCUGACUCUAGUAUUACGAUUAUAGCUGUUUUUCUGAGCCUGCUGGGCUUCCAGCAUGUGUUCCCUGACAAUAGGCAUGAUAGUGGCCAUUCUAUCCUGCAUUUGAGCUGUAUGUUCAAUUACUCCUUUGAGGAGUAGUCUCCUGUUCCCAGGUCUACUUAGCAAUAUCCAGUAUUCCCCGGGAAUGUCUUCCAUAUAACAAUUCAAAAGGAGAGAGAGGCCUGUGGAACUUCCCUAAUGGAAAACAGUAGAUAUGGCAAUACAAAAAUCCCAAUUUUUCCCAUCUGCAUCAGUUACCUUAUGUAGCAUACUCUUAAGGGUUUUGUUUAACCUCUCUACUAAAUCAUCUGUGGGUGAUAUACUAAGGUCUUAAGAUAUUUAACCUGUAAGAGCCUGUACAACUCUUUUGUGACUCUGGACAUGGUCUGUCAGGAUUUCUUUAGGGAUACCCACCCUACUGAACAUCAACACAAGUUCAUUAGCUAUUAAUUUUGCAGAGGUAUUACGCAGAGGGGACGGCCUCAAGGUAGCGAGUUGCAUAGCCCAGCGGACUUUACCAGUGGCCCCACUAAGUCCAUAGCGAUCCUUUCAAAAGGCACAUCAAUUAUGGGUAAGGGUACAAAUGUACUACGGAAAGUCUUGAAAGGAGCCAUGUACUGGCACUCAGGACAUGAGGAACAAUAGUUUUGUUAUAGCAGCAAAAACUCCAGGCCAGUAAAACCUUCUAAGGACUCUCUCUCUAGUUUUUUUUCGACUCCUAAGUGCCCACCUAAUAUGUGGCUGUGAGCCAAUUUUAGUACUGUGUUUUGGUAAGUCCGGGGAACCAACAGCUGCUUAAUAAUAUCCUUCUUUUCUACGCGUUAAAUAAGGUCAUUUUGUACUUCAAAAUAGGGGAAUGGCAGUGCUUCUCCUGGCUGAUUAGCAACCCCAUUUACAAUUUUAAUAUCAUUUCUAGCUGUCACUAAAGUGGGAUCUUCCCACUGAGCACUUUUAAAAUUAUCUGGACUGAUCCCAACAUCAAUUAAGUCAUCAUCCUUGUCUGUAGUAUUAAUAGGCUCCUCCCUAGUUUGAUUAAUAGGGUUAUCUCCUAUUAAUACUGGUUUAGGGCAGUAUUUGUUACUUUUUUCUUAUUUGUCUGUCAUAGUGGCCAAAACCCACGUCAAUAUUGGAAAAAGGGAAUACAAUAUCUCUGCAGAUUGACUUUCUGCUGAACUUUGGCCUGUCUUUUGUACAGCUGCCCACAAUUUGAAAAAAUGAGGAAAGUCUCUACUGAUCACUACCUUAAUGGGCUAAUCUAGGUACUACACCCACUCGUUACUUUAAAUCCCCAUACUGGGUUCCGAUAUUUACUUCAGAAGUGGGGUAUUCCUUUUUUUUAUCACCAUGAACACAGGUAAUGCCUAUUUUCUGAACAUGAUCAGGUUUUACACAAGGUAUUAUAGACUCUGCUAACAAUGCAACCAUAUUACCUGAAUCAAGUAAUGCUUUAGACAUGUUUCCAUUCGCAUUUACGAUGCAUUUACGAUUAUCAGUACCAGAACAGUUGAACAAAAAUGAAUGUGCUCCCUUAUCUUUGCCCAUAUUGCAUUCCAUAGGUUCAUCCUUCAAUGGACAGUCCUUCGCCAUGUGACCAUUCUCUUUGCACUUGAAACAGUAUAAUCAGGUACUUCUCCAACCGAUUAUUCUGCACAAUGAAGUUAUAAAAAAAAAAAAGGAAAACUCUGAGAGAAAGUGAACAAGCAAUCAAAUAUUGUAUAAAGUACUGCAUGCCUCAACAAUAUGACCUUCUUUUCUGUAUUGCAAAACAUACCUGCAUUAUGAAGUGGUUUGUGCACAAGCUUUACAUUGUCGAGACGCUGCAUUGUUUGUCAGUGCAAAAAUAAAGAAUAGAAAAAAAAAAAAUAUAUAUUAAUAAACCACCUAUUUUACUGGUAGGAUUUUGUCAUUACAGUAACCACAGCCUUCUAGGGUAAUCAAAGUCCAGGACACAUCCAGUUCGGUUUUCUUUUUUUUUUUAUUUGAUAAGAAAAACAGGUGCCUUAAAUAAUAAACAAAACAAAAUUCCUUGCUUUUACUAGAUAGAAAUCACGGUCUGUAAUUGGGUGGCUUUCCCACAUCGCUGCUACCCUUAGCAUUAGGAUUAUUCCAGAAGUCCAUUAGGACUUCUUUGCUAACAGUCUUUUAAAUCCACUCUACUGCAUGCAGCCAAGAUUAGUAAUUUAUAUAGACCACCGGACUUGUCACUUGGACACAGCAUUUUCAGCUUCUAAUUAUUGUAAGGCACUUUGUCACCUAUAUUUGAGACAGAACAUGGGAUAAACACUUCUACUAUACUUUGAGCCUUACUUAAAAUACAUAUAUGAGAGAUCUGUCUACAUAUACUGGUUUCAACCAAUAGUAUAUACUACAGGUACUGAUCUCCACAUAUACACAAUUAUAUGAUUAUUCUUACCCCAGGUUUUUAAAGGUGUGGUGGUGGUUUUUUUUUUUUGUCUAACAUACUGUGGGUUGUGUUCACACCUUUUUUCGCGUGGAUUAGAUUGUGUUGUGUGUGUGUGUUUGGUUUUCAAUAAAGUCUAUUACCAUAUAUGAUAUUUUAAUAAUAGAUGUAAUUCUAGUGAAGUGGGUCCCAUCUAAUUUUUAUUUAUAUAUAUAUAUAUAUAUAUACACACACAAUGUGUGUAUAUACUUUUAUUUUAUAUAUAUAUAUAUAUAUAUAUAUACUAUUAUACUAUGAUAUAUUAUACAUAUAUACACCCUGUUCCAAAUUAUUAUGCAAAUUCUAUUUGUGUCACAAAGAUGAAAUAUUUUGUUUUUCAGUUUAACUCAUGGAUGGCAUUGUGUCUCAGGGCUCUUUUGAUCACUGAAAACAAUCUUGGACACCUGUAAUAAUUAGAUUGCCAGGUGAGCCCAAUUUAAGGAAAAACUACUAAAGGAGGGUGUUCCACAUUAAGCAGAGCACCGUUUUCAUGCAGUAUGGGGAAGAAAAAGGAUCUCUCUGCUGCCAAAAAGAGUGAAAUAGUUCAAUGCUUUGGACGAGGUAUGAAAACAUUAGCUAUUUCACUAAAACUGAAGUUUGAUCAUCGCACUGUUAAGAGAUUUGUGGCUGAUUCAGAGCACAGACUGGUUCGUGCAGAUAAAGGCACACUGAGGAAGAUUUCUGCCAGAUCCAUGUAUCGGAUUAAUAGAGCAGCUGAUAAAAUACCAUUACAUAGCAGCAAACAGAUAUUUGAAGCUGCUGGGGCCUCUGGAGUCCCACAGACAUCAAGGUGUAGAGUCCUCCAGAGUCUUGCAACUGUGCAUAAACUUUCUAUUCGGCCACCCCUAACUAAUGCUCACAAACAGAAACGGCUGCAUUGGGCAGAAAAAUACAUGAAGACUAAUUUUCAAACAGUCCUGUUCACUGAAGAGUGAUGUGCAACCCUGGAUGGUCCAGAUGGAUGGAAUAGUGGAUGGUUGGUGGACGGCCACCCUGUCCUUGCGACGUCAGCAAGGCGGUGGUGGAGUCAUGUUUUGGGCCGGAAUCAUGGGAAGUGAGCUGGUCGGCCCCUUUAGGGUCCCCGAAGGUGUAAAGAUGAUCUCUGCAAAGUAUGUGGAGUUUCUGACUGACCACUUUCUUCCCUGGUACAGAAGGAAGAACUAUGCUUUCCGUAAAAAAAAUCAUCUUCAUGCAUGACAAUGCACCAUCUCAUGCUGCAAAGAAUACCUCUGCAUCAAUGGCUGCUAUGGGGAUAAAAGGAGAGAAAGUCAUGGUGUGGCCUCCAUCCUCCCUGACCUCAAUCCUAUUGAGAACCUUUGGAGCAUCCUCAAGCAAAAGAUCUAUGAGGGUGGGAGGCAGUUUACAUCCAAACAGCAGCUCUGGGAGGCUAUCCUGACAUCUUGCAAACAAAUUCAAGCAAAAACUGUCCAAAUACUCACAAGUACAAUGGAUGCAAGACUUGUGAAGCUGCUGUCAAAUAAGGGGUCCUAUGUUAAAAUGUAACAUGACCUGUUAAAAUGUUUAAAAAGUUAAAAUGUUGUUAUAAGUUUGAUUGAAAUAGCUUUUGAUUUCAGUAAAUAUGCUGCAAACACAACAAAUGACAAUUUUCAGUUCUUUACAACCUAUAAAGUGUUUUGAAACUUACUGUGCAUAAUAAUUUGGAACAGCAAGUUUUUAAAAAAAUACUGUUAUCAUUAGGAGAUUUGUUCAAUACAAUUUGAAUUGUACUCUUAAUAGUUGAUAACAUGAGAAUUAUGCUGACUGUUAUUUACAUCAAUUAUUUAGGUAAAUGAGAAUUAUAAUUUGCAUAAUAAUUUGGAACAGGGUCUAAUGCAUAUAUGAUUUAAUUAUUGUGGCGAUGUGAUCACAUGACACUGGAAGGCCGCGGUGGCCAAAACUGCAGCAGGGGGACUGCUGGGAUCUCCGGUAGUACCCCCCCGACUGUGAUCACCUGUCGCGGUUGUACUAGGGACAUUUGCAGACAUUAACAACCGUUUUUUGGGUUUUUUUUGGGGGGGGGGUUGUGUGUGUGUGUGUAUAUAUAUAUAUGUGUAUAUAUAUAUAUAUAUAUAUAUAUAUAUAUAUGUAUAUAAUUCUAAAGUGUGUGUGUGUAUAUACACACACACUUUUUCAAAUUAUUUGGUUUUUAUUUAUUUUUAAAUAUUUUAAUAUAUAUACACACAUACAUAUAUACAUAGUUAUUAUAUGUAUUAUAUAUGUGCAUUUUUACUCUAAGCAUGUUUUUAUAUUUAUAUAUUAAAAAAUACACUUAGUAUGUAUGUAUGUAUGUAGAUAUAUAUAUAUGUAUGUAUGUAGAUAUAUAUAUAUAUAUAUAUAUAUAUAUAUAUAUAUAUAUAUAUAUAUAUAUAUAUAUAUAUAUAUACAUUUAUUAACUUUAUUUUAACUUUUUAAAAACUUAUUAUUAACUUAAUUUUAACUUCUUUUCACCAGUUGGGGGACUGCCUGUCAGUUCAGAUAGUCCCCGUGCUGGCAGCACUGUGGACACCUGUUGCAGCCAUUUGACUGCUCUUUUAGAGCGGCCACAUGGCCCUUGGGGGUCCUAAAUUGCAGCCUUUCUGAGCCCAGACAGUCCUCCCUAAGAAGAAGACUGAUCGCCGAUGGGGGAAUGGCGGCGAUCAGCAAGUACAUGGGAGCGGGAGGAAGGGUAGGGGUUAUUUUUUAUUUAUUUAUUUUAACUGUAACUGAGUGCCUCUCGAGGCACUGAGUACAGGCAGAGCAUCUGAUGCUCUGCCUCACUGACGGGCUCCACGUAGUGCAACCCGGAAAUGAUCGCUCUCGGAGUGAUCACCCGGUGUUCUCUGGUGGCCAGGCAGUGGGAGGGGAAGGGGCGGGUGGGGGGUGUAUUGCAGUGGUUCCUCAACAUCCAGGCAACGCCGCAAUACCAUUAGAGCUACUGGGAGCAAUCAUGAUCGCUUCCAGGGCUCUAAUUCCCCACAAACAUAUCCGGUAUGCCUGCGGUCCUUAAGGACCAUUUUUUGUCGGACAUAUCUGAUACACCCGAGGUCACUAAGAGGUUAACAGCUGAAUAUAUCUGGGUGAAGGUAGGUCAGGUUUCUAAUUUAGAAAUCAUAAUUGGCUAAGGAAUAUAUGGUUAUAAAAAUGCCAUUCCUGCAGGUGGAAUAAUUAAACAAUAUAUUCACUGGUAAUUUGCCAAAAUUAGAAUACUGAAAUUUUAGAAACAUGGAAACAUAGAAUGUGACGGCAGAUAAGAACCAUUCGGUUCAUCUAGUCUGCCCAAUUUUCUAAAUACUUUCAUUAGUCCCUUGCCUUAUCUUAUAGUUUAUAGUUAUCUUAUAGUUCUAAAUACUUUCAUUAGUCCCUUGCCUUAUCUUAUACCUUACUGCUGAUAACUUUGCAUGUUACUUCACAAAAUUGAACAGCUAAGGAAAGAAUUCUCCCCUCCUUGCAUUUCUGUUUCUCAAUCACACAUAGAUCAUGCCUUUCCUACCCUUCAGACAUUCUCCCCAACCACUGACCAAGAGGUGGCUGCUCUUCUUUGCUCCUCUCGCCCAACCACUUGCCCGCUCGAUCCUGUCCCAUCUCACCUUAUCAGAUCUCUCUCCACUUGUCUCGUGCCUUCUCUAACACACAUCUUCAACUGCUCGCUCUCUUCUGGCAUCGUCCCUGCAGACCUUAAACAUGCCACUGUAGUACCUAUACUAAAAAAACUAUCCCUGCUCCCUUUUUCCUCAAAGCUUCUGGAAAGACCCGUGUGUCUCAUUUCCUCAAUUCCAACUCUCUCCUUGACCCCUUUCAAUCUGGCUUCCGCCCUCUUCACUCUACAGAGACUGCCCUUAUCAAAGUUACGAACGACCUAAUCGUAGCUAAAUCCAAAGGCCACUACUCCAUACUAAUUCUUCUUGACCUCUCAGCGGCCUUUGACACCGUUGAUCAUGCUCUCCUUCUUCAAACUCUGCAAUCGCUUGGUCUCUGUGACUCUGUCCUCUCAUGGUUUUCCUCUUAUCUCUCCCAAUGCUCAUUCAGUGUCUCUUUUUCUAAUGAUACCUCCUCCCCUCGCCCUGUCUCGGUUGGAGUCCCCCAAGGCUCCGUCCUUGGUCCCCUUCUAUUUUCUCUUUAUACUGCCUCUCUUGGCAAACUUAUUACCUCAUUUGGAUUCCACUACCACCUGUACGCUGAUGACACCCAGCUAUAUCUCUCCUCCCCGGACCUCUCCCCUGCUGUCCUGCAACGUGUCACUGCUUGCCUUCCUUCCAUCUCUGAAUGGAUGUCCUCCCGCUUUCUGAAACUAAAUCUCUCAAAAACUGAGCCUUGUCUUUCCUCCUCCUAAUACUGAUCCUCCUCUUUCGCUCUCCCUUCAAGUUUGUGGUACCAACAUCAGCCCAUCCUUGCAAGCGCACUGUCUUGGCGUCAUACUUGACUCUGGUCUCACCUUUGAGCCUCACAUCCAGCAUGUUGCCAAAUCCUGUAGAUUCCAUCUUAAAAACAUAGCCCGCAUCCGCCCCUUUCUUGCACCAGAUACUACCAAGGAGCUUGUCCAUGCUCUAAUAAUUUCCCGCAUGGAUUAUUGUAACCCUCUCCUGCUUGGUCUUCCCAAAAGCCGUACUGCACCCCUACAGUCUGUAAUAAACGCUGCUGCUAGACUGAUUUUCCUCUCUAAUCGGUUCUCUCACACCUCACCCCUCUGCCAGUCCUUACAUUGGCUUCCUGUGUGCUAUAGGAGUCAAUUCAAGGCACUAACUCACACAUAUAAAGCACUGAACAACUCUAGCCCCUCUUAUAUCUCCUCACAGAUCCAUAGGUAUGUCCCUUCUCGGUCUCACCGCUCUGCCCGUGACCACCUCCUGUCCGUUGUCCGCACCCGUACGGCCAACUCGCGCUUGCAGGACUUCUCACGGGCGGCUCCCUUCCUAUGGAAUAGCCUGCCUCCCGCCAUCAGACUCUCCCCUAGUCUUGCAUCUUUUAAGAAGUGCCUUUAAACCCAUCUCUUUAGGAAAGCUUAUGGCCUCCAAGACUAACCCCUACCUCACAUACCUGUCUCUUGCCCUCUCCUAAAGGGCAGCCCACCUUAUUUGAUUGCAAAUUCCUGUCCUACUGUGUUUUACGACCCACCUCCUAUAGAAUGUAAGCUCAAUUGAGCAGGGUCCUCUUCAACCUAUUGUUCCUGUAAGUUUAUUUGUAACUGUCCUAUUUAUAGUUAAAUCCCCUCACAUAAUAUUGUGAAGCGCUACGGAAUCUGUUGGCGCUAUAUAAAUGGCAAUAAUAAUAAUAAUAGUUAGGAUAGCCUUAUGCCUAUCCCACGCAUGCUUAAACUCCUUUACUAUGUUAACCUCUACCACUUCUGCUGGAAGGCUAUUCCAUGCAUGCACCACCCUCUCAGUAAAGUAAUACUUCCUGAUAUUAUUUUUAAACCUUUGUCCCUCUAUUUUAAGACUAUGUCCUCUUGUUCUGGUAGUUUUUCUUCUUUUAAAUAUAGUCUCCUCCUUUACUGUGUUGAUUCCCUUUAUAUAUUUAAAUGUUUCUAUCAUAUCCCCCCCUGUCUCGUCUUUCCUCCAAGCUAUACAUGUUAAGAUCCUUUAACCUUUCCUGGUAAGUUUCAUCCUGCAAUCCAUGUUUAGUAGCCCUUUUCUGAACCCUCUCUAAGGUAUCAAUAUCCUUCUGAAGAUAGAACUGUACAAUACUCCAAGUGAGGUCUCACCAGUGUUUUACCUAGAGAUGUUGAUUUAUUCUAAAUUAAGGAUAGUAAUCUUUAAUUAGCAAAGUUAAAAUUUUCUGGUAACAUAAACUCUGGUUAGAAUUAUUCUUAUUGGUCCUUCGAUGAGACAUGGUUAUCUGAUCUGGUAUGAGACAUAUUGCAUUUGUCAUUGCAAUAUAAAAGGUAAUUGCCUGUGAGGAUUGUAGCCAACAAUAAAUGAGUUAAUUCAGUGUGAUUUGACUGGCAACUAAAAGUCUGUAUUGCUUUGUGCUGUGCUGCUGUUAGAUACUGUAUUCUGUGUAAAGGAAUUUCAAACUGAUGCUAUGUAAGAAGAAAUAGCUUUGCUGAUUUCAAAGUGAAGUGUCAUGUCAUAAAUCUUGUUUAAAUUUGCAUCUGUCGAUAUAUAUGUUGCUAUUUAGCUGUCUGUAAACUGUGUUAAACUAUUGCCAUAUUAUAUAAAUAUGUUCUUCAUAAAUAUUCACUGAUGAUUGUCAUGCAUGUUACACAUUAUUAUAAAUAUUAUCACAAUAAAUUGUAUUUCUAUAAUUAGUUUGUGAUUAAUGUGUGAAAUACAAAUCCUCUAAUAAGAACAUACUCCAGGAUCUAUAAGAGUUAAAAUAGUGGGUAGCUCUUAGCUUUAAAUUAAUCAAGGGGGAAAAGUGUCAAUAUAUCAAUUUUUGAUAUAAUUAAAAAAAAAAAAAAUAAUUUUUUUUUGAUAAAUAUAUAUUUUUUUUAAUGGAAAUAUUGUUUUUAAUAUUUUUCAACUCAAAAAAAUCCUCACCAAGUAUUACUUUUCUGAGAGGGUAGUAGAUGCAUGGAAUAUCCUUCCUGCUAAAGUGGUAGCGGUUAACACAGUGAAGGAGUUUAAGCAUGCGUGGGAUAAGCAUACGGUUAUCCUAGCUAUAAGAUAAUGCCAGAGACCUAAUAAGAGUAUUUAGAAAACUGGGCAGACUAGAUGGGGCAAAUGGUUCUUAUCUGCCGUCACAUUCUAUGUUUCUAUGAAUAAACUAUGUAAAUUAGAAAUGGAAUGGGUAUGUAAACCAGACACACUGCACCCAAAGGUGUAGUUUGAUUUGUUUAAUUUUAUCUGAUUAUAUACUGUAAUUUUUACUAUUGUAUCCAUGUAUGUGUAUUUAUAUGGUAUCUUUUUUUGUUCCUUUUUUUAUUAUAAAUAUUCCACUUAACACACUAUUUGUAAAUAUAUUUAAUCCUAAUAUAUAUAGCUUUAUCAAUCUACUUUAUAUUAACAACCUGAUCUAUGGUACUAACCUGCUUUGUUACCACACUUCUUUAUACCAACUUGAUCUACACAACGAACCCGCAUUGUUACCAACCUGCUUAAUACCAACCUGAUCUACUCUACCAACCUGCUUUGUUACCAGCCUGGCGAAUACCAACUUGAUCAACUCUACCUGAUUUCCUAAUAUCAGCCUGCUUUACUUUGCCAGCCUUGUACAAACAUUCCUAAUCGGCAAGCCUCACUCUUGAAGACUAAUAAGGAAUUCCUUUCCGGUUUCUACGAAUAACCAGAGACUCUCCAACCAUAAGUCGAGUAACUCUUAUACAGCUAAUUAUAUCUCUGCAAGUAAUCCCAGAUUCCUUAAUUACAAAGUAUAAUUUACCUGCAUUCCAAACAAGGGUUCUCUAAACUUCUAUUUUAUUUGCAAUUCUGUAACCUUUCUGUUCUGUUUCAUUUGUCUCUCUAAAAACCUAUAAUUUCAACUAUAGGUUUUCUCACUAUCAAAAUAUAUCUUGUUAAUAACCUGUCUGGGAAAUAUUGCAUAACUGUUUUCUGUAAUCCCCUUCUAUCUAUUACCUAUAAUUUCACUUAUAGGUUCUCCUUCUACCUAUAAUCUCACUUAUAGAUUCCCCUCUUUUUUCAGUUCUCCCCUUUUCUCUUUCAUUACUCUAGAUAAGCCCCUUCUUCCUCUUUGACUUGCUAGGUAUACUAAAUUGUGUGUAACUGUCAAAAGUUACCAAUAAAGAACCAAUCGUUAACCCUGGCAAUUGUCUCUUUCCUGACCUGCUUGAUACCAUGACACCCUAUGGGGAAUGUGUCUUGGUUCGAUUGUUACAUACAAUUGUUUAAUUUCUCCUUUUCAUACACCAUAUACAUGGUUAAAUGUGGCCGACCACCCUUACCCAACAUGGCGGCUUAUGAACGUCCAUCUAUGUCACUUCCGUGUGACGGACAGCAUUCACUAAUGUCAUUAACAGGAGCCAAUGUAUACAGACAUUUUGUAAUUUCUGGUGCAAUGCUGGACCCGCUGACCCGUAAAUUACCUAACUGGACACCUGAAUUCACUAAUUGAAGCCCACAGCUUUUAUAAGAUGAAAUCUGAACUUGUGAGCCAUUCACUUUUGAGAAAGCAAGGGCGAAACACGUUAGAUGAGGGUCUGGAACCAGAGACUGUUCAAUUCCAUUGUGGACUGGUAUUUAUCUACUUUUAUUACUUUUAAAUAUUGUUAAUAAUGUACUUUUUUUAAAUUAUAUAUAUAUAUAUAUAUAUAUAUAUAUAUAUCCAGUCCUUAUAUUGGCUCCCUGGACAUCCAGUGUAUCCAUAGGUGGGGAUCAUUCCACCCAAGCCUGUAUAUACAUUAUUGUAUCCAUAGACCGGGAUUAUAUAGUCUAUGCCUACAGAAAUAGAGCUAUAUUAGCUCUAGAAAGUGAAAGUGUAAGUGUUCCAUUGGCACUGCUAAUGCUAACACUCUUUGCACAUAUUAUUAAACUGUAUUGCACUAUCAUUUUUUUCUGGUCUUUUUAUUAAUACAUACUGUACAAAAUUUUCUUCAAUCGCUUUUCUCGUUAUCUUUUGUGUACAUCAGCGCGGUCCACCACCACCACUGUUUUUAUCUGAAUGAAACAUACCUGUUCUCAGAAAAAAAAGAUGGAUGGGGUAACCUAAAUUAAUGACAAAAAAUGUGUUAAAAUAGUUUAAAUUGUAAUAAUUAAAAGUCCAAGUUGGACAAACAAACAAGACAGACGACACUCUUAUAGAUCGAUUAUAUGUGAAACAUAAAAGUGACAAGAACACACACAUACAUAAACAAAAACUAGAUGUCUACUCAGAUAUCUAAUCGAUAAGUAUUGGGCUAUAAUUCUUACGGUCAAUAUAAUUGUGAUUGCAACAGCAGUUAUGCAGAUAAUGGUUGAGAGGGGAAAUUCUUUCUGAUAAAUAUCUGUCGGUUUCUGACUAAUACUACAGUCUACCUCAAGCUUGUACAGCAAAUGCUGAUGCCAAUCAUUGAUUAUGGGGAUGUAGUAUAUGCAUCUGGACUGCAAUCCCACAUUAAUAAACAUAAUACAUUGUAUAACUCGUUCUGCCGAUUUGUGCCACAAUGUAAUUACAGGACCCACCAUUGUGACAUGCUAAAAUAACUAAAUUGUCCGUCGCUGGAAUCCAGGCGCACCCUUCAUCUUUCCAGCCUUGUGUUUAAUAGCUUUUUUGGUAAACUCCCACCCUACCUGAGCAAAAUGCUCCCCUCAGGGCUGUUCCCACCUCCUAUAACCUCUGAUCCAGUACCACCACUUUAUAUAGUCUACCUUAAUACAAAAAAGAAAGCGGCCCAAUCCUCCUUCUCCUACAGAGCGCCGCAAUUGUGGAACGACCUCCUGCACACUUCAAAAUCUUCCCCAGGCCGAGAGCAUCUCAGUACGGAACACAGUCUGAGAAACCACAAACAAAACGAACACAACACACACCGUUAACAAUUAAUAGGCAGCCUCAAAGAAACAGACACACAUUAAACAGCGUUUGAAAAGGGAUUAACUAAACAAAGACAAUAGGUGAGUUGGCAGUAGAAGAUUGUAGUUGCUGGCACCAACAACUCACAAACGCACACAUAACUAGACAGCUAACUGAAAGUCCCAACCUGUACCAAAACAUUAAUAAACAACCAGGUGACACACCAAUACAGACCAUACGCUAGAAUAACCACAAACGGAUGACCAAAGAAGUGUGUAACACACAGGGUUUAUACAAAACCUAGAUAGUCAUCUCACAAGAAAACACACGAAAAAAGUCAAUUUAGCAAAGAGGCAAAAAUCGAAAACUAAUAAAAACAACAAUCUAUGGCACAAACCAACCAGGUUGGACACCACAGAUAACCUCAAUACCUCUCGUCCGACCCACCAAGCUAAUUACAAAUGCAUGAGUAUCCAACGUAUAAGUUUAUGGCAAAAAGUUAAUAUACACAAAUGUGAUUUUAUAUGUAUGUUCAAAAUGUAAAUCAAGCUAAUGUAAACGCAAUGUUUACUCAACCCUCACUACCCUUUUUCUUCUGUACCCCUGCAAUAAAAAUUGUCAAAUUUAAAAAAAUAAAAAUAAAAAAAAUCUUCCCCAGGCCUAGAGUCCUUUUAAGAGAUUCCUCUCUACGUACCUUAAAACAGAAUGCAUGUGUCAUGGUUAAUUAUAAAUGUCCUACCUGUUCUAUGUUAAAUUUUGUAUAUAUUAUGUAUUUAAUAUUAUUUUUGUAUUUUAUUGUACCAUAAUGUAUCAAUGCAAUGUUUUGUGGACCCAGGACAUACUUGAAAACGAGGGAAAUCUCAAUGUAUCUUUCCUGGUAAAAUAUUUUAUAAAUAAAUAAAUAUUGUGUGGGAGGUACUUUGGUCUUAAGAUUAUGAUAAUUGUCUUGACAGUACUGUACAGGGAGUAGUUAAUAUGGAUGUUUAACUGCUUGAUAGCCUGAUCCAUUACUGACUAAUAUGGCAACAUACUCAGAUGUAGUGCUGAAAAGGUUAAUCCUCAAGUUGGCAUCUAUGAUACAAGCACUUGUAUAUGAGGGGAGGCUGACAGGUCCCUUAUUUGUAUGUGAUAACUCAAGUAACUGAUCUCUUAAACAAAUUGCUAUAUAUUAUAAGGUGAUGUUCUACUACAAGUUAGUUUAGGAGCAUUAUAUUGGAAGUAUCGUGCAUGAGAUGAAGGAAUAGGAGAUCUGUUUGUAUCCCCCUUAUGAUUCUCCUCAGGAUAUGCCUUAGCUCUCCUAACUCAUUAAGGAGUCCCUAACAACAUCAUUAAGAUGUAACAAUUGACAAUUUGGCGAUAACAUUAUCGCUCGGUAUAAGUGUACAAUGAAAAGUCCUGUGCUGAACUGGUAAUGGUUUUGGUCAUUCACUUAUAUGGCUAUUAUGAUAAAGAGAAGGAAAAAUCUGAAUCCCUGGAAUUGUCAAAGACCGUUCUUCUGUAUUUGGACUAUUAUGAUCCAUUAUUUCCCCCUGUUUCUCUAGUAUAUAAAAAUAAAUAAAAAUAAAAAUGUAGUGUUGUUAGUCUGAUAAGCUUUUAGGCUGUUUUACAGCGCUGUAUACAAAUGCUAAAUGUCAGUGCAAUAUAUGUAGAGUCCCUGACAAGCACUCCUGUCUGUCUGUUAAGCUCGAUAUAUGUCUAAAUAGGAAGCUUUUACGGUUGCUGCCUGCCAGUAGAGACCCCUGAAAAAAAAAAAACUUCCGAUUGAACGAAGCUGUCUGAUAACAUUACGUUAGUAUUCCAUGCUUACGACAAAACAUUUCUCAUCACAAUUAUCUAAGGCUGUUCAAUAUACUGAUUCUUAGACCUUUAAAGAUAGCCCUAAAUCACCUGUUCUCAGCCAACGAAAAUAGAGGCAUGUCGUCUGUAGUGUAAGGAAUGCUCACAGCACAGACUGCACUGCCGAAACAAGGCUAGAACCCAUCUGUGCUCUUCUCCCUCCUUCCAUGUGCAAGUCAUAAAUUCUCCUCCAGCACGUCAGCCAACCUUUGAACCCAUUGUUAACCCCUUCCCUGCCAGCCAACCUCCCUACCAAGUGGUAUGUAAGUUCUAGCGUCUGAAUGCCUAGGACUAAAAGGAGGCUUGGGCAGGCAUUGUGUGUAUGUGUAGAGUGAUGCAAAUUACAUCACUAAGCUCAGACAUGCCCACAUAGGCAUGUCAUUACUGAUUCCUAUAGAGAAUGGAUCAUUAGUGUACAGUCUAGGUGAAAUACAGGAAGCGGGGGAAAUGACAUGCAAUCAGAGGAAGAGCAGAACAUCAGAUCAAAGUAAAGAUUAAUAAAGGCACUUCUAAAGCUAAUGUUUACACUAUUUAGGGAGAAAAGCUCUACUGACACUAGAUUUACUGUUGGGGUGUGGGGGAACAAGCAUAUGCAUGUUUUUCACAGCUCCUUAAAUGAAAAGGUUUUGGUGUAUGGAUUAUGCUCCUACACUCUCACUGAUCAAUUCUAUGUCAUUUAGGCAUCAAAUAACUUUGCUUAUGCACAGCAAACAUGAAAAAAAAAUAAAAAAAAAAUUAAUUGUCAGAAUUCAACAGUUACACUGCAGGGGCAUGAUUAUACACCAAAACCACUUUAUUAAGAUAAAGUUGUUUUGAUUCUUAGUGUCGUUUUAAUUCUGUCAGAUGUGGUGAAUUACAUGCCUACUUAAAUUGCUAUGGCAAAUGUGAUAACGUUCAUAUCAAUAUUGUUAAUUAUUGCAAUUGUUGAUUCUGUCUUUUUAUUUAUUCAUUUAUUUAAAGGCAAUGGUCGCUUGCUACCCAGGAAAAGGGACAGGAUAUGUGCGACAUGUCGAUAAUCCAAAUGGAGAUGGAAGAUGUGUCACAUGUAUAUACUAUCUGAACAAAGGAUGGGAUGUAAAGGUAGAGUUAUAUUAA